AUGUCAGAUUUACAUGAGUUAUGUGGUUUCCAGACGAGACCUAUUGGACCCAAGUACAUUGAGGAUUUAAAGUUUUACUUGAAAAAUGGUAUUCCUGCAACCUAUACGAUAGAAGAAGCAUACAAUUAUACAAACAACAUAGAAGAGGAGCCAACUACCACUACUACUCCAUUGCAUAUUAUAUGUUCUCAUAUGCCCAAUGAUGCUUCUAAUGAAGAAAUAGAUAUUAUUAACCAAAUGGUUGAAAUCUUGCUCGAGUAUGGUGCCGGGUGGUGUCUUACAGAUAUCAAUGAUGACACGCCAGGUUGUAUAUUGAUCAGAAGAAAGUUGAAUAACACUCCAAUUUACAACCAAAUAGUUGCUGCUGGUGUUAGAGCAGAAUUACUAUUGAGAAAAGUUAGUGAAUACGACAUGGAAAUCAUUGAGGACACUGAUGACUUAAAUCAUGAACAAUUUGAAGGCACACAAGGUGAAGAAACCACAGAGGAAGAGCGUAAAGAGGAACCUCCUAGCAUUUCAUAUGUAACUGAUGAAAAAAAAGUUGAACAAUCCAAAGAGGAUUUCAAGGAAGAUCCUUCCAGUAACCAAGAAACUUACUUGAAGACAAAAUUGGAAUAUAAGGAUGGUGCGUUAGUAACUAAAGACAGAAAAGAUGGGGUCAUGAUGUCUUGGGAAACAGAUUUAAUGAGAAUGGGUUGUGAUUCUCUUUUAAAGGGUGCAAGUAUCGAUGGCGAAAUAGAUAAUGAAGUUAAUCUUUUGAAUAUUGGAUUUGGUAUGGGAAUUAUAGAUACUAUGAUUAAUAAUAAGAACCCAACUAAGCAAUACAUAUGCGAAGCACAUCCAGAUGUCUUGGCUAAGUUGCGUCACGAUGGUUGGUAUGAAAAGCCAAAUGUUGUUAUAUUAGAGGGAAGAUGGCAAGAACAGUUGAACAAACUUUUAUCCGAGGGCAAUGUUUUCUUCAACGGUAUUUAUUACGACACAUAUUCUGAACAUUAUGAAGAUAUGUUAGAAUUAUUUGAUAUCGUUGUUGGUAUAUUAAAGCCCCAUGGUGUAUUCUCCUUCUUCAAUGGGUUGGGAGCGGACAGACAAGUAGUUUAUGAAGUAUACAAGCAAUUGGUAGAAAUGGACCUAGCAAAUUACGGUUUGGUUUGUAAAUUCGAACAAGUUCAAGUUCCUGAAUCAACAUUACAGUUAGAAAUUCAAAAUUCGACAGAUAACAAAUCAGUUUGGGAUGACAUAAAAAGAGCUUACUGGACUUGCCCAACUUACUACCAUCCUGAAGCUAGAUUUAUGGACGUUUAG